UGAGAGGAGCUCUCCCCAUGGCUGGGCCGCGGCCCAACCCCACCCCCUCAGGCUAUGCCAGGGGGCGUAGCUAGGGGCAGCCAGGCAGCACCAGUUCGCCCACUCCUCCAUAAAGCCCUUGCACCCCAGGAGCUAGCAGAGCCAAGCAGGAUGGAGAGGAGACGCAUCACCUCGGCCGCUCGCCGCACCUACGUCUCAUCCUCUGCGGAGAUGGUGGGGGGCCUGCCUCCAGGCCGGCGCCUGGGUGCUGGCACCCGCCUCUCCCUGGCUCGAAUGCCCCCUCCUCUCCCAGCCCGGGUGGACUUCUCCCUGGCCGGGGCACUCAACGCUGGCUUCAAGGAGACCCGGGUCAGUGAGAGAGCAGAGAUGAUGGAGCUCAAUGACCGCUUUGCCAGCUACAUCGAGAAGGUUCGCUUCCUAGAACAGCAAAACAAGGCACUGGCUGCUGAGCUGAACCAGCUGCGGGCCAAGGAGCCCACCAAGCUGGCCGACGUCUACCAGGCUGAGCUUCGCGAGCUGCGGCUGCGGCUGGACCAGCUCACCGCCAACAGCGCCCGGCUGGAGGUCGAGAGGGACAACCUGGCGCAGGACCUGGGCACCCUGAGGCAGAAGCUCCAGGAUGAAACCAACCUGAGGCUGGAAGCCGAGAACAACCUGGCUGCCUUUCGACAGGAGGCAGAUGAAGCCACCCUGGCCCGUCUGGAUCUGGAGAGGAAGAUUGAGUCCCUGGAGGAGGAGAUCCGGUUCUUGAGGAAGAUCCAUGAUGAGGAGGUUCGGGAACUCCAGGAGCAGCUGGCCCAACAGCAGGUCCACGUGGAGCUGGAUGUGGCCAAGCCAGACCUCACAGCAGCCCUGAGAGAGAUCCGCACGCAGUAUGAGGCAGUGGCGUCCAGCAACAUGCAUGAGGCAGAGGAGUGGUAUCGGUCCAAGUUUGCGGACCUGACAGACGCCGCUGCCCGUAACUCGGAGCUGCUCCGCCAGGCCAAGCACGAGGCCAACGACUACCGGCGCCAGCUGCAGGCCUUGACCUGCGACCUGGAGUCCUUGCGCGGCACGAACGAGUCCCUGGAGAGGCAGAUGCGCGAGCAGGAGGAGCGCCACGCGCGGGAGGCGGCGAGCUACCAGGACGCGCUGGCCCGGCUGGAGGAGGAGGGACAGAGCCUCAAGGAUGAGAUGGCCCGCCACCUGCAGGAGUAUCAGGACCUGCUCAAUGUCAAGCUGGCCCUGGACAUAGAGAUCGCCACCUACAGAAAACUGCUGGAGGGCGAGGAGAACCGCAUCACCAUUCCUGUGCAGACCUUCUCCAACCUACAGAUCCGAGAAACCAGCCUGGACACCAAGUCCGUGUCAGAAGGCCACCUCAAGAGGAACAUUGUGGUGAAGACCGUGGAGAUGCGGGAUGGAGAGGUCAUUAAGGAGUCCAAGCAGGAGCACAAGGACGUGAUGUGAGGCGGGCCCCACCUGGUGGCCCCUGCCCCACAGUAUGAGGAGCCUGCAGCAGGAGCAGGACAGUUGCCCCACUUCUCAUAGAUCAUUUCUCCAGACCCGAGUUCCAGCUCGCCCUGGCCACUCCCCUCCCUCCGUUUCUACCUGGCUUGCUGCCCUAGGCUCCGUCAGCAUUAGGCCUGUCGGACAGCACCCGCCCGGCACCCAGCAGCUCCAACUGACAGGGCACUCACCCCAAAGGGGCAGCGUGGAAGGGCAUGGCUAGCCGCUUGGGGUAGAAUUGGGAAGAGGAGAGGCAGGGGGACCUAAUAAAUCAUCCUCAUAGCCCCGAUCCCUGUUGUUAUGGCAACUGUUGCCAGAGCUAGAGGUCUCUGGGGUGUCUGGCAACUGGGCCUUUGAGUUUCCUUAGGCUGCUGGAGGAAAAGUGAAACCCAGACAGGAACGGAAGUCCCCACAGGCAAGGGAGCCCUGGCCACAGGCUUGUUCUUCUAGACUGACCCUGACCAGUCUAAGAAUGGGUGGCGAGAUCCUGCCACAUCCCAGAGGGGCCUCCCGAGUAUCGAUGCCAAUGUCUCAGUCCCACUGAGCUGCCAUCCAGGGCCCCUGUCUGUGGGCAUGCCGUGGGCACGUGGGCACCUGAUUCUCAGCACUUGGGGGAUCUACAGUGUACGUGGAGAGGGAAGGGGUGCUGGGAGGGAUAGAGGGGGGCUGCCUGGCCCCCAGGUGUAGGUGCAGAGAGGUCAAGCUCUGGAGGACAUGCAGGCUGGAGGGGGCGCUAGCAGAGAUGGUACAGGUGGCAGUUGGGAUGAUGCUAGACAUUAUAGUCAGGGGUUGUGAGUGACCAGUUACACUUGGCCUCUAGGUUGUGGGAAUCAAGGAAGUGACUUAUCCUCUUGAAGAGGCUGAAAUAGGAGGGAGAGGGGCAGGGCACAACUUUGUCCCAGCGCUAAAGGCCUCUUCCUUGCUGCACAAUCCCAUCCACCCAGCCCCUGAGCCCUGGGACUGCUGACCCCCUCCCCCCACAAUGACCAGCUGCUUCUCCCUCACCCAAGGGCAUCUUGUGAUCCCUUCUUGCUCAUACACGAUAUGUACCCAGUAAUUUAGGAAGCACUCUAUUUUACAAUUCAGGAAAUUGAGGUGUGAACAGAGUGUUCCUGCAGCCUGGAGGCCGGCACUUAGGGCUAACACUUCUGCCCCAGAGCACCCCUCUGCUUUAUCUGGGAAGACUGGUGGGCAAGUAGUGGGUAUCUGUGCCCAGAAAUGGGGCCAAGGGGACCCACCCCAGGGUCUUCCUCUCCCCUGUAAGUCUGCAAGGAGAGGUGGGGGUCCCUCCCUCUUCCCAAGACUUGGUGUCCUUUCCUCCGACUCCUUCCUGUCACCUGCUGCUGCUAACCUUCAGGGCACUGCUGCUGCCUUUAGUCACUGAGGAAAAAUAAAGACAAAUGCUGUGGUCUUUCCCA